AUGCUUUCCUUCUCCUCCAUUCAACCAACCACCACCAAUCCACCGCUGUCAUCCGCCGCCGCCGCCGCCAAAACCUCCAUCAUUCCCCAUCAAUUUUCCUUCUCCCCCUCCCCGCCGCGACUUCACCAUUCCCGCGGCGGUCUCCCCCGCCGCCGCCUCCUCCGCGUCCGCGCAAUCGACGCCGCCCAGCCGUACGACCACGAGGCUCACCUCGUCGCCCGCUUCGCCCAGUCCACCAAGCUCAAAAUCGCCAUCAUCGGCUUCGGGAACUUCGGCCAAUUCCUCGCCCGGGCUUUCGUCCGGCAGGGCCACACCGUCUUCGCCCACUCCCGAUCCGACCACCACGCCGCCGCGCAGUCGAUCGGCGCCGCCUUCUUCCCAGAUCUGCACGACCUCUGCGAGCAUCACCCUGACGUCAUCCUCAUCUGCACCUCAAUCAUCUCCACGGAGAAGGUCCUCAGAUCUAUCCCUCUCCAGCGCCUCCGCCGGAACACACUCUUCGUGGACGUCCUCUCCGUGAAGGAAUUCCCCAAAAACAUCUUCCUCCAGAUCCUCCCUUCACACUUCGACAUUCUCUGCACUCACCCAAUGUUCGGUCCCGAGAGCGGCAAGAACAGCUGGCACAACCUUCCCUUUGUGUUCGACAGAGUACGAAUUGGGAACGAGGACUCGAGGAUCAACAGGGCCGAUACCUUUCUCGACAUCUUUAAAAAGGAGGGCUGCACCAUGGUAGAAAUGAGUUGCGCAGAGCACGACAAAUACGCGGCUGGCUCCCAAUUUAUUACUCACACCAUGGGCAGAAUACUCGAGAAGCUGGAGCUUGAAAGCACGCCUAUUAACACCAAAGGUUACGAGACGCUGUUGAAAUUAGUGGAGAAUACAGCUAGCGACAGCUUUGAUCUCUACUACGGGCUGUUUAUGUACAAUGAGAAUGCCAUGGAGCAGCUCGAGAGGCUGAAUCUGGCGUUUGAGGAGCUGAAGAAGGAGCUGUUUGGGCAUCUGCACGAGGUUCUGAGAAAACAGUUGUUCGGGAAGUCUGAGGAGGGUGGGCCACGAAGAAGGCCAGUGCUUGAGAUGAUUGAGAAAGGGAUUCCUUCUGUUACGUUUUGAAGGAAUGAAAUGCUUGGGAUCUGUUUGAUGAAAUAAUGUAACACAGAUAUUUGUUGUGUAACAUAAAAUAAAAGCCUGCCUUGGGAGGAUUGUUCGGCUCCAACCAUUAGCAUUUUCUUUGAUUAUUUGAUGGUGGAAAGGAAUGUAAGGGUGGAGCCAUGUAUUUGUUCUCGUCUAUGUUAUGCAUUAAACACUUGAGUUGUGUAGUGGUCAAGUGAAUAUAUGAUGUUUGUGGUUGAUGUCAAACUUACUAGAGAGUAAAAACUUAGUUUCUAUUACAUGGCCUACAUAUGUAUGGUUUUGAGAAACAAUUUUGAGAGAAGAUUAUGGUUUCGUCUUCUUAGCGAGUCUAUAUUCUAUAUCUGUUUUGACGAAUUGAAAUUCGAAGGAAGUGGAAAAUGAUGAUAAAAGCGAAAGGGAAUGCUUUCUGAAUUUAUUUCUCUUUUUAAUUACUAUUUCAACUUCUCCAUUGUUUGCUUAGUAAUUGGAUAAUAAAAUUCCCCACUAUAGCAAUAUUGCCUCCGAGAUGGCUCACUUUGAAAGUAUGUACUGCUUUUGUGUAAUUUGCUAGCAGCCUUGAAUAGUUUUACAACAUUGGACAGCAGAGCAGUAGACAGUGAAAUAUUUAUUCCUUACGAUUGUG